AUGCUAAACAUCACAAAGCAUACAACUCAAUUUCUAUCUCGUUACAUCACUUUUAAGUGUUUAAUCGAUUGCGUCAGUCGAUUUGUUGACACUGUAUUCGCACAUAAGUCAUUCUUUUUUCUUUUCAAUCAUCACUUCGACGCGUCUCAAACUUCUCUUUCUUCACGUUCCCUUUCCCUUUCCUUCUCAUUCUCUUCCCUUCACGUUCGCUUUCAUUCUCUUUCUAUGCCGCUUUUUUUUCAUUUCUUUCGUUUCUCCUCUUUGUUACGCUUGUCCGUUUUCCGUUUUCUUUCUCUCCUUUUUCAGCUUUACUGCAAGUUUAUUACGUACAUUAAACAAGUACCUAUUUUUAGCCGUUACUCCUUUUAUCACUUUUUGUUUUCUCGUUUCUGUCGGUUUUUUUUUGCUCAUCUUUCUAUAUUUUCUUUUACACUUUUACACCUUUUCUUUUACAAUUUGUUUUCUGAAUGGAUACUUUGUAUUAAAUAUAUAAACCCUAUCUAUCUAUCUAUCUAUCUAUCUAUCUAUCUAUCUAUCUAUAAUGAAAGAACAAUAUGCCUGUGUAAAUUAUCUAUCUAUCUAUCUAUCUAUCUAUCUAUCUAUCUAUCUAUCUAUCUAUCUAUCUAUCUAUCGUGCUUACGCUUCGUGUUUCCGUCCUGGCUCAUAUUUUCUCUGUACAGAAUUACGCACAGGCGUAAUCCGAGUAUAUUUGAACAAGCAUCGUUAUUGAUAUGA